GGGACACGGAACUGAAGCCUAUAAAUUGCGCCUAAUCAACGGAAUCUUUUAGCAAAGGAAGCACAGCUCUCAGUGCUAUCUUACACUGACUUCCGACGCCGAUUCCUCCGUACCUCGCCGGAAAAGCUCUUCCUCCGGAGACUAUUUUUGGAUUUACGAGCAGUGUAAUACUUUCGUGAUAUGCCAUACCUUGUGCGGGAACAUCUAUUUAUCGGGGACAUUAGUGAUGCAGCUAAAAUUCUCCAGCAUGGUAGUGAUGAAAUUACACACAUAUUAUCAGUUCUAAGCUCCACAUCAAUUUCAUUUUUCUCAGAAUGGCGAAGAGAGAUAGCGAUUCCCACAAAAGAGAUUCGGAAGGUGCAUGUAGGCAGUUUACGAAAAGAGGAUGAUUCCGUUGAUGGUGCUCGGACUUCAUUGGCACCAGAAAAGGUGCUCUACUCUUUGGAAAAUGCAGGGAAGGAUUUGAAGGUUGUAAGGAUGGCAGUGCCGUUAAGAGAUACUGAGAGUGAGGAUUUAUUGGACUACUUGGAUGUUUGUUUGGAUUUCAUCGACCAAAGUAGAAGAGAGGGUUCUGUGUUGGUGCACUGCUUUGCUGGUGUAUCAAGAAGUGCAGCUAUUAUUACAGCAUAUCUCAUGAGGAGUGAACGCCUCUCUGUGGAAGAUGCUCUUGAAUCCUUAAGGCAAAGCCGUGAAAUUGUCUGCCCUAACGAUGGUUUCCUGGAGCAGUUGAAAAUGUUUGAAGAAAUGGGGUUUAAAGUUGAUUAUGCAAGCCCCAUAUAUAAGCGAUUCCGUUUAAGAGUAUUAGGGGAUUCCUAUAACCGUGGAGAAAAGAUACACAGCUCAAAAUUUGUUGCAGAUCCGGGGUUAUCAGCUGCAAAAGUCAAUUCUGAGGUUGAAACCUCCAUUGAAAUAGAACCAGUCCGUAAACCUCUGUAUCGCUGUAAAAAAUGCCGCAGGGUUGUUGCACUGCAAGAACAUGUUGUGGAUCAUAUUCCAGGAGAGGGAGAAACUUCCUUUGGAUGGCACAAAAGGAGAAGUGGCAACUUUUUCAACAAACCUGAGGACGACGAGUGUUCAUCCAUAUUUGUCGAGCCUUUAAGCUGGAUGACGGCAGUUGAAGAAGGUGCACUUGAGGGCAAGCUGUUAUGUGCUAAAUGUGAGGGGCGCCUAGGGUACUUUAAUUGGUCUGGCAUCCAAUGCAAUUGUGGAAGCUGGAUAACACCUGCGUUCCAGAUUCAUAAAAGUCGAGUGGACGUCAGUACCAUCUAGUUUUCCCCGAGGAAGCAGACUUGCGGGAGGGGUUUACAAUGCUUCAUGUUUUUUGGAUGAUAUUUUGUUAUACUAUGGAAAGGUAUUUUGUUACUGGGAAACGAGAUAUACAUUAUUGAGAAGCAACAUUUAAGAACAGAUAUUUGAAAUUUUUAUAUGGUUUGCCUAUUGGCUAUCAGCUGAAGACUUACACACAGGGUUCUUUGUUUCAUACGAGAUUAUACUGGCAUGAAAUGAUUGGUUACUUUUGUAACUGAAAAAAUCAUGGCACAAUGUGGCUUAAUCAGUGGAGAACAUGACUGCAUUCACAGUCAUUUGAAUUUGAUUGGUUUUCAGAAUUGCAUUGCUGCCUGUUACAUAAUUGUAGCGCAACUGGUAACGUGAAAGAUACUCUUCUCUUCCAUAAUGGUAGUGCCGUUUUUACAAUGGUUUAAAGUUUAAACUUUAGAAACUUCAUUAUUAUUACUCACGAAUUGGGUAUUUGCUUUAAUAAGCUUUAUGACUUUAAAGAGUUGUUGUGUGUCUUUUGGGUUCCAUUUUUUCUGUGUUACAUAUUUGGUUGCAUCCUUAUCAGAGCUUUCAAAGCUCUACAACGAGGGAUCUGUGUUUCAAUUUUAUUAUCCAGCUACAUUCUCCCCGAAUAUGGAAAGAGUAGGUAAAACGUCACUUGCAUACCACUCUUAAACAUUGGUACAUCUUUUCUUCUUCAGACUUCUUAUUCCCUGUAUCAAGCUCCAUAAAAUGGCCAACUUUAUCAGAAUCUGUUCGUCGUUUUUCUUGAAAAGCUUACUUACUGCAUUCUCUGAUGUUGCUCUAAACUUCUUGCCGUAUAAGAUUUAACCUUCUAACAAGCCUGACUAUUCAUUUUUCCCACAAGAACUGAGGUUUUCGUUCUUUCCAAAGGUCAAACUGCAACAAUGGCUGCGUAUAAGGUGUCCUUGCAGGCCUGCACACAUUUAAGGUAGUAUCUUGGUUUUCCAUCUUCUGAAAUUUUAAUGUAGGUGUAAAAUGCUUUGAUUUUCGGUCAGAAACAUCUUUUCAGUUGUGUCCGUUUUCAUUAUCACACACCCAAAUUUUCCUUCUUUGGUAUUCAGCACGCCCUUUAGUUACAUCAACAAGCUAUAUCUUAUUAACGAGUGUUUUAUACUUCUCCCUCGUUGUUUUUAAGCCAUUUUGACUAGUUUAUAACUCGCGUGGCAUAUCAAAGUAAAACUGCUUGUGGCAUAUCAAAGUAAAGUAAAAAAAAAAAAAUAGGGAGGAAAAAAACAAAAACUAUUCCAACGAGAAUUAGACAUAAUUACAAUGUUGUAAGAGUUGUUGAUCGUUAUCAUCGAUUUGCAAGGCUCCAUAUUAAUUUGUUGUACUCCCUUUAUCUCAAAAUUAUUGUCUAGUUUAAGAUUUCAAUCUUAGUUUAAUUUGUACUAGAAAUGAAAAGGUUUGGACAAUAAUUUCGGGGCGGAGGGGAGUAAUAACUAUAGUUAUCGUGUUUCUGUUUGAUGAUCCUGAUUUCUCUAGUUCUAUUGCUUCCUAAUUGCUUUGCUCUGAGGACUUUGUCAGGCCGAAGAAAGACAAUAAUCCUAGAAAUUAAAGCCAAAGAUAAGUGGCGAUUAGCAAGAUGAUGAGGCUUUCCGGGUCACCUUUCUUUCCAUCCCUCCAUAACCCACCCACAUCAAAUGAUCAUAAGAAAGCACAUUAACCUCAUCCCAGAUUGAAUGCCACACUCCUCCGCAAGCCUUUCAAUCAUCCUCUUCAUCGGAGCGCAACGAUGACGUCUUCUUGGUUCAGUAAUUCAACUUGGAAACGGAUUUUCAGCUAAUUGAAACAGAUUUUGUAAGACUAAUGUUUUCUUUUUUAUUUUUUUGGGAUCAACUCGAAGAUACACAGCAAGUUUCAUGUUCAAAUUUAAUACCACAUAAUUUGUUCCUGGACUAUAAAGUAGCAUUUCAUAGUUGCGCACAUAGUAGUUAGUAGUUAGUAUAGCGCGAUACGCGAUACGUAAAUCGAGCACUUGGAGAAUCUCCGCUUCAGUUAUCUUGAUCAGCGUGCCAGAUUCUUCCAAAGGUUUUAUCAGCGUUGUUUUAUGUUUGAGAUAUCAGUCUGUAGCCAUACGGGUUCCUUCGUAAAGAUCACUUGCCACCGUCUCUGAAACAACUCCUUCAGCAAGACUCCACCAAUGGCGCCAUCUAAAAGAUGAACCCUUUGAACUUCCGCCCUGCAAACAAAAGCUGCUGUAGCUAUGUUCUGAAAGGUAUCCAAAUCGUCGGAUGCGCCUCUCUUGGCCCCCAAUGGCAAAACCAGGUUCACCCUGACCAACCGCUUUCACAUAACUAGCUGCUGUCUCACUUUGUUGAGCACGUUGUCGAAUCAACUCGUCGGCAUCUUCAAGAGUUGGGGAGUUUCUAAGACGACCGUGCUCAUCGAGAAUCGGCCCAUGUAGUAUAUAGAUUAGCUUCUCAGCUCCAAGAGCCAAGGCACAGGCGGUAGCAAAUUCAUAUGUGUUGCAAUUUAAAACUUCUCCCGAGCUGGAACACCCAAGAUUGGUUAAGAUGACUAUAUAUAUGGAGUACCUUGAGAAUGUCCGGAAAAUUUCGAUUAGGCCCUCUUGAGGAGAAUCCGGCAACCUUGGGUGCACUUACAUCUUUAGCAGCUACAGUUGUUAAUAUGUUCCCUGUGGGGGACCUAUAAGUCGUGGUCUAAAAUAUGUUAAACUCAAGCUCCAUCCGCCGGCUUUCCUCCUCCCUCCUUCCUUCAGAAUCCGGCCGACAAAUAAAAUACCAUUGCCUCUUAAGUCCGCCACUUCCGAAUCAAAAUCCGGCCGUCUCUGGCGAAUUAAAG